AUGGUUUUAAACCCUAAACCCCAAAAUCUCGCAAUUCUUACUUCACCGUCGCCGAUCAUCGAAUUGCCACCGUUCGCGAUGGCGGGAGACGGUAAGAUAAUAGCGGUGUCGAAAACGGAUAUGAAGCGGAAGCAGGAGCAAGCUAAAAAAUCGAAAUCCGGUGGGUUCGAGUCGUUCCGAUUCAUACCCGAUGUCUACAAUGCUAUCAAGAAGAAGGGAUACAAAGUGCCGACGCCGAUACAGCGGAAAACCAUGCCCUUAAUUCUCGCUGGAUACGACGUCGUUGCCAUGGCCCGUACCGGCUCUGGCAAAACGGCGGCUUUCCUCAUCCCCAUGCUCCAGAAGCUUCAGCAUCACGUGCCGCAGGCCGGAGUUAGGGCUCUUAUUCUCUCUCCGACGCGUGACUUGGCUCUUCAAACUUACAAGUUUACCAAAGAACUCGGCCGCUAUACAGAUCUUCGUACAAGUUUACUGGUUGGUGGUGACAGCAUGCAAGUCCAAUUCGAGGAAUUGGCACAGAAUCCUGACUGCAUAAUUGCUACUCCUGGUAGGCUCAUGCAUCAUUUGGACGAGAUUGAUGACAUGUCUUUGCGCACUGUGGAAUAUGUUGUUUUUGACGAAGCUGACUGCCUUUUUAGUAUGGGAUUUGCUGAACAGUUGCACAGAAUCCUUGGUCAGCUGGGUGAGAAUCGUCAAACCUUGCUUUUCAGCGCAACUUUACCGAGUGCACUCGCUGAGUUUGCCAAGGCUGGUCUUCGGGACCCUCAACUUGUGAGACUUGAUUUGGAGACAAAAAUUAGCCCCGACUUGAAGCUUGCCUUUUUCACUAUAAGGCAGGAGGAAAAACAUGCUGCGUUGCUGUAUUUGAUAAGGGAAAAAAUACAUUUUGGCGAGCAAACUCUAAUCUUUGUUUCCACUAAAUAUCAUGUUGAAUUUGUUCACUCCUUGUUCAGAGAAGAUGGUAUUGAUGCUUCUAUUUGCUAUGGGGAUAUGGAUCAAGAUGCCCGUAAGAUCCAUGUGGCAAAGUUUAGGGCUAGAAAGACUAUGUUGCUUAUUGUGACUGAUGUGGCGGCCAGGGGAAUUGACAUUCCUUUACUAGAUAAUGUUAUCAAUUUUGACUUCCCUCCUAGACCUAAACUUUUUGUCCAUCGUGUUGGGAGAGCUGCAAGGGCUGGUCGUACAGGUACAUCGUAUUCUUUUGUUACACCGGAAGACAUGCCACACGUCUUAGAUCUUCAUCUCUUUCUCUCGAAACCAAUUAGGCCUGCUCCAACUGAGGAAGAGGUCAUAAGAGAUGUGGACGGUGUUACUAGUAAAAUAGACCAAGCAAUUGCAAAUGGAUCAACUGUUUAUGGACGUUUUCCCCAAAGAGUUAUAGAUCUGCAUUCAGACAGAGUUCGACAAAUCGUUGAAGCAUCCACAGAACUGACUGCUUUGGUGAAACCGGCUGCAAAUGCAUUUGGCCUGUACAAAAAGACAAAAGCAAAAGCAUCUAAGGAGUCUAUUAAGAGAGUAAAAGCCUUGCCCCGAGAAGGAUUACACCCAAUGUUCAAAAAUGACCUAGGGGGUGAUGAACUAACAGCUUUAGCCUUUUCCGAGCGCCUGAAAGCAUUUAGACCCAAGCAAACCAUUUUGGAAGCUGAAGGCGAGGCUGCAAAAUCAAAAAAGAAAAAGGGACCUUCUAGUAAAUGGGUUGAUGUGAUGAAGGUGAAAAGAGCUAUGCAUGAUGAGGUUAUCAAUAAAGUUCAACAGCAGCUUACGAUAGAUCAUGCCGAGAAGGAGGAAGAUAUUGAAUCAGAUCACAGUCCUAAGAACAAGCGGAAACGAGUAUCCGGCACCAAAAGGAAGGCACAUAGCUUCAAAGAUGAGGAGAAUUUCAUAAGUUCAGUGCCCAUAAAUCAGCAUUUUGAAGCAGGGCUUUCUGUGAGAGGUAACCAAGGCUUUGAAUCAAACAGACUGGAUGCCGCUGUUCUUGAUCUAAAUGCUGAUGAUGGUGGAGGAUUGCAGAAGCAGAAAUCUUCUUAUCACUGGGAUAAGAGGAGCAAAAAGUAUAUCAAGCUAAACAACGGAGACCGCGUGACAGCUAGUGGGAAGAUAAAAACAGAAAGCGGUGCCAAAGCGACGGCCAAAAAGACUGGGAUAUACAAAAAGUGGAAAGAGCGUUCACACAUGACGGUAUCACUUAAAGGAACAAACAAUGAGAGUACUACAGGAGCUUCCAGUUCAACAGGUACUCCUGGUUCUGGUUUUAGAGGGGAUAACCGAAGGUUCGAUGGUGGAAAAGGUAGUCCUGGUUCUAGAGGGGAUAACCGAAGGUUUGAUGGCGGAAAAGGUAGUCCUGGUUUCAGAGGGGAUAACCAAAGAUUCAAUGGUGGAAGAGGUAAUAAUAGAUCGGUACCAAAUGCCCAUCUACGUUCAGAAUUAAAAAAUCCAGAACAAGUUUGGAAGGAAAGGCAAAAGAAAGCAGACAGAGUUUCGUAUCUCAAGAACAAACCUAAUAAUAAGAGGGGAAAGAAGAAGUCCGGGCAAAGUAGCAGAAGAGGAAAAGAGUCGGGGAAAAAUGGCGGUGGCAAAAGAGGAAAGGGGAAGUAGGGAGUUCUGAAAACUUGUAUGCCGUUCAAGUGGGAGUGCCUCAAUGAAUACAUGGCUUUCGAGUUUGUUCUUGCGCAUCGGAUCAAAGGGAUGAAGUAACUAACAUUUGGCUUUCGAGUUUGUUCUUUGUUUGGAAGUAUACUUUUAAUUCGGCCCUCAUGCUUUCUUCGUUUAUGAUUUUUGUCAAUUGAUUGAUACUGAUGUAAUAAACUCAGGCCAAGUAAGUAGCAUGGGAAAUUUUGGAACUCAGCUUUGAUUUUGUUGUGGAUGUUUAAAUAUAGAUGUGUAUCUGUCUAUUUAAAGAAAAUUGUUUUUUUUUUUCUGAAUAAUAUUUAAAGAAAUUUGUUUUGGAUAUUU